CUCAAACUUAAAAGUUUAUUCACUUCUUUCACUUUAGAUAUAAUAUAAUCCUUAAUUGUCUGACUCAUUCCGAAAGAUGAAGCUUUGUUUUGCAACUCUGCUUGUGGUGACACUUGUUCUUACUUCUUCCUUCAUUCAAAUAACUGUGGCUGGUUCAGAUUUCUGUGAUUCAAAGUGCAAGAUUAGGUGUUCAAAGGCAGGACGACAGGACAGAUGUUUGAAGUAUUGUGGGAUAUGUUGUGAGGAGUGCCAAUGUGUUCCUUCUGGGACUUAUGGGAACAAAGACGAGUGCCCUUGCUACAGGGACAAGAAGAACUCUAAGGGGAAGCCUAAAUGCCCUUAAAAUAUUGUUAUAUUCCAUACAAGAAAUAGAGGCAUAGAGCCUUUAUUGAAUCCUUCAUAUGGUUUAUCUGAUGUAUGUUAGUCAAGAAAUAAGUAUACAAGUGAACAAAUGAUUUCUUUUAUAUGUUU